AUGAGCUCGCGCCCACACAAGCAAUCCAUGUUCGAGCUCAAGCUUCGUCGUCUGUCGGAGCACAACCAGCGGCUGCGGGAGGACCUCUCCCGACCGCGAAUUCGCGUCAGCGAGGCGAGCGCCAGCCUGAUCCGCUACUGCAAGACGACCAAAGACCACCUGGUGCCCUCGGUGUGGGGCCCAGUGGGAAAGGGCGAGGACCCAUACGCACCACCAGCAACGGGUUGCCAAUGCACUAUCAUGUAA